AUGUCCAGCUCGCCGCUGUCCAAGAAGCGUCGCGUGACAGGAUCAGAGACGAAGACGGGAUCCCACUGCUCCUCCUCAAACUCUGUCAGAACUGAACUACCCCACACACCAGCUAACGGCAUGGCUAAGAAUGGAAAUGAUGCUGAGAUUGAUGAAGGCCUGUACUCCAGACAGCUGUACGUGCUGGGGCACGAUGCCAUGAAACGCAUGCAGAGUUCCAAUGUGCUGAUCUCAGGGCUGCGUGGUCUUGGCGUGGAGAUCGCUAAGAAUGUCAUUCUGGGUGGAGUCAAGAGUGUCACCCUGCAUGACCAGGGUGUGGCUGAGUGGCAGGACCUCUCCUCACAGUUUUACCUGCGCGAGGAAGACCUGGGAAAGAACCGCGCUGAGGUCAGCCAGGGCCGGCUGGCAGAACUUAACAGCUACGUUCCUGUGACUGCUUACACUGGUGCUCUCACUGAUGACUACCUGACACAGUUUCAGGUGGUGGUGCUGACAAACUCCACAUUUGAUGAACAAACUCACAUUGGUGACUUCUGCCACAGCAAAGGCAUUAAACUGAUCAUUGCUGACACACGUGGACUGUUUGGACAACUUUUCUGUGAUUUUGGGGAAGAGAUGAUGGUACAUGACACCAAUGGAGAGCAGCCUCUAAGUGCCAUGAUCUCAAUGAUUACCAAGGACAGUGCUGGUGUGGUGACCUGUUUGGAUGAGGCCAGGCACGGCUUUGAGACUGGAGACUAUGUCACCUUUACAGAGGUUCAGGGCAUGACCGACCUUAAUGGCUGCCAGCCGAUUGAAAUCAAAGUCCUAGGGCCCUACACUUUCAGCAUCUGUGACACCACAUCUUUCUCGGACUAUGUGAGGGGUGGUAUUGUGACACAAGUCAAGAUGCCUAAGAAAGUUGCCUUUAAAUCUUUUUCCUCCUCAAUAUCUGAGCCUGAGUUUCUGCUGACUGAUUUUGCCAAGUUUGAUCGCCCUGGCCAACUGCAUGUUGGCUUCCAGGCUCUACACAGCUUUGAGAAGAAACACAGUCGUCGUCCUAAGCCAUGGAGUCAGUCGGAUGCUGACGAGCUUGUAGCUCUGGCCGGUGAGGUGAACGCAGUACAGUCUGGCUCUGCCAAGCAGGAGUCGCUGGACCAAGCACUGCUUAAAAAACUGUCCUAUUUAGCCGCAGGGGACCUGGCACCGGUCAAUGCCUUCAUCGGUGGGCUUGCUGCCCAGGAGGUUAUGAAGGCAUGCACAGGCAAGUUUAUGCCCAUCAUGCAGUGGCUGUACUUUGAUGCUCUGGAGUGCUUACCUGAAGCUGAGGAAUCAGUUUUCACAGAGGAAGACUGUGCUCCUAGAAGCUGCAGAUAUGAUGGACAGAUUGCUGUGUUUGGAUCCAAAAUGCAAGAGCUGUUAGCCAAGCAGCGAUACUUUUUGGUGGGUGCAGGAGCUAUUGGCUGUGAGCUGCUGAAGAACUUUGCUAUGAUGGGUCUGGCCAGUGGGGAGGGAGAGGUCAUUGUCACAGACAUGGACACCAUUGAGAAAUCAAACCUCAAUCGUCAGUUCCUGUUCAGGCCAUGGGAUGUAACGAAGAUGAAGAGUGAGACAGCCGCUGCUGCCGUGAAGCAGAUGAAUCCGUCUGUCCGCAUCACAGGCCAUCAGAACCGUGUCGGGCCUGACACAGAGAAAAUCUAUGACGACGACUUUUUCGAGAGCUUGGAUGGAGUGGCCAAUGCCCUGGAUAAUGUUGAUGCCCGUAUGUAUAUGGACCGUAGGUGUGUUUAUUACCGUAAGCCAUUGCUAGAGUCUGGUACUCUUGGCACUAAAGGGAAUGUACAGGUAGUUAUCCCCUUCCUCACUGAGUCCUACAGCUCCAGCCAAGACCCCCCAGAGAAGUCCAUCCCUAUCUGCACCCUGAAGAACUUCCCCAAUGCUAUUGAACACACACUCCAGUGGGCUCGUGAUGAGUUUGAGGGACUUUUCAAACAGCCUGCUGAGAAUGCCAUGCAGUAUCUGACAGACCCUAAGUUCAUGGAGCGCACUUUGAAGCUGCCUGGUGCCCAGCCUCUGGAGGUCCUGGAAGCUGUGUAUAAGAGUCUGGUGACAGAUUGCCCCCGUAGCUGGGAGGACUGUGUAGCCUGGGCCCGCAACCAUUGGCAGUGCCAGUACAAUAACAACAUCCGCCAGUUACUGCACAACUUCCCUCCUGACCAGCUCACAAGCUCUGGAGCUCCAUUCUGGUCAGGCCCUAAAAGAUGUCCUCAUCCUUUAGAAUUUAGCACUAGCAAUGAUCUGCACAUGGACUACAUCAUGGCUGGAGCCAACCUGUUUGCCCAGACAUAUGGCCUGCCAGGUUCCACUGACCGUGCAGCUCUGGCCAAGUUAUUGCAGGAAAUCAAAGUCCCAGAAUUUACCCCCAAAUCUGGAGUUAAAAUACAUGUAUCUGAUCAGGAGCUGCAGAGUGCCAAUGCUUCUGUUGAUGACUCUAGGCUUGAAGAAUUGAAGACCCUGCUGCCUCCUGUGGAAUCUGCAUCCCAGUUCAAACUCUGUCCAAUAGACUUUGAAAAGGAUGAUGACACUAACUUCCACAUGGACUUCAUAGUAGCUGCAUCCAAUUUGAGAGCAGAGAAUUAUGACAUUCCUCCAGCAGACAGACAUAAGAGCAAACUAAUUGCUGGUAAGAUCAUUCCUGCCAUAGCAACAACGACAGCUGCUGUAGUAGGCCUGGUGUGUCUGGAGCUGCUCAAGAUCAUUCAGGGCCACAAGAAGUUAGAGUCGUAUAAGAAUGGCUUCAUGAACCUCGCCCUGCCUUUCUUCGCUUUCUCCGAGCCUAUUGCUGCUCCCAAGCACAAGUACUAUGAAAUUGACUGGACGCUAUGGGACCGCUUCGAAGUGAAGGGUGUUCAGCCAAGUGGAGAGGAGAUGACACUCCGGCAGUUCCUGGACUACUUCAAGAAUGAACACAAGUUGGAGAUCACAAUGCUCUCUCAGGGUGUCUCUAUGCUUUACUCUUUCUUCAUGCCUGCUGCCAAGCUCAGAGAGAGACUGGACCUGCCCAUGACUGAGAUAGUGACAAAGGUGUCGAAGAAGAAGCUGGGGAAGCAUGUUAAAGCACUAGUGUUUGAACUCUGCUGCAAUGACCUGACUGACGAAGAUGUGGAGGUGCCCUAUGUCAGAUAUACCAUUCGCUGAGAAGACAUCCGGGGGCUGCGGGGUCAGGGGGGUUGGAGGGCACUAGGGGUUUCAAGUGGUGGCAGAAAAUGAGUUGGCACUUGGAUCGAUGGGGGGGGAGCCCAAAGUUUAAAUAAAAAAUAAAUAAUAAAAAAGUGAUAAUGUAUGGGGAUGACUAUUGGCUCCAGUCCUUGUCUUUAAACCUUGCUUGACCCCAGGGGUCAUACUCCCACAUUUUAAAUGUCUUGGGCCUGGUGGGCAGUGGGACGGAUGGGGAGGGAGAGCAGGUGAACGGGACCUUUUUUGACUGUAGCUGUUAUUUAAAACUGGUUGUAUUAAAGCUUCAGUGUAUGAAUUUCAGUAUGCUCAUCAGCCUGUGUAAAGAGAAGACUGCCCUUGUGUUUUUUUUUUUGUUGUUUUUUUAAACAAGUGUUUGGUUCCUCACUACUGCGCACUCUGCCUUUCCCUGUUUGAGCAGUCUUGCUUUACAGUUUUUAAAAACAGAUUUAUAGCAACCUCAGUACCACAGAUAAACCAUGGAAUGAUGCCAAAAAGAAAUUGCAAACUGCAGAUGAAAACAUUGAAACAUCUGAUCUAUUCUCUCAUUUGACACCAUGUGAUAAACGUCAUGGUUUGAAAUUUAUUUCCGCUACUAUAGCGGCACAUUACGUGUGCCUAUAAGGGAAGUUGUGGGUGUUAAUUCUGGUCAUAGUCUCAAAGUGAGUCGGUCCCCUCAUGUUCAACCCCUUCUCUUCCAUGAGCCCAGUGGGAGUGUCCUUUCGCCUCUGGCUUCUUUAGGUUGGGGAUCGGGAACCUGCACAUAACUUGAGGGUGUGGAUUUCUUUUCUUUCUUUUUUUUUUUUUUUUUUUUUUUUUUUUACUUGACACACCUUGUAGAACAUAAACUCUAUUCUUUCUACUUUGUUAAACUCCUGGAGAAACAUUACAGUUAAAAAAAAAAAAGUGAUUUUACUCUGUAAUGGGAGCACUUAGUGUGAUAGUGAAUAAAGUUGUAAAAGAUUC